GCUCUCUGCUUCCUCACACAACAACUCUUCCAGAUCCCGAGAAAGGAAUCAAAUACUGCAAACAAGGGAACAAGGAAAGAGGCUUGAGACUUUGAAAUAAAAUUUAAAGACGACAAGAAAACUGCUGAGAAUUUAACGAGAUCGAUUUAAAAGAUCAAGAAAAAAAAGAAACAGAGAACGAGAGAAGGAAAAAAAAAACUUUCUUUUGAUUUAAAGAGAAAACUUCGGCCUGAAUCAUGUCAGCAGGAAAAGUGACAGCUUUACUCCUUUUUGCUUUAUUCUGCUGGGUUUCUGAUGCUCAGGAAUGCAGUGGUGAAUGCCGGUGCUCACAGAAGGUGCCUGAGUGUGAGCCUGGAGUAAGCUUGGUCCAGGAUGGCUGUGGUUGCUGUAAAGUCUGUGCCAAGCAGCUGGGAGAGCUAUGCACUGAGAGAGAUGUGUGUGACCCACACAAAGGACUCUUCUGUGACUUUGGAUCUAGGAUCAACAGGAAAAUUGGAGUAUGCAGUGCUAGAGAGGGUGCGCCCUGUGUAUUUGGAGGAAUGGUGUACAGAAGUGGAGAGUCUUUCCAAAGCAGCUGCAAAUACCAAUGCACUUGUCUGGAUGGGGGUGUAGGAUGUGUCCCCCUCUGCAGUAUGGGUGUCCGUCUCCCCAGUCCUGACUGCCCCUUCCCAAGAAGAGUGAAAUUGCCCGGCAAGUGCUGUGAAGAAUGGGUCUGUGAUCAGCCUAAGGAGCAAACCAUGGUCGGACCUGCUCUGCCUGCAUUCAGACUAGAGGAAACUUAUGGUCCCGAUCCUUCCCUGAUUCGUGCCAACUGUCUGGUGCAGACAACUGAAUGGAGUGCUUGCUCAAAGACUUGCGGCAUGGGCAUCUCUACCAGAGUCACCAAUGACAAUGAGUAUUGUAGACUGGAGAAACAGAGCAGACUCUGCAUGGUCAGACCUUGUGAAGUAGACCUUGAAGAAAACAUUAAGAAAGGUAAAAAAUGCAUCCGCACUCCUAAAAUCUCCAAACCAGUCAAGUUUGAGCUUUCUGGAUGCACCAGUAUAAAAACCUACAGAGCUAAGUUUUGUGGGGUCUGCACUGAUGGCCGCUGCUGCACUCCUCACAGAACCGCCACACUCCCCGUAGAGUUCAAAUGCCCUGACGGUGAGGUCAUGAAGAAGAAGAUGAUGUUCAUCAAGACAUGCGCAUGCCACUACAACUGCCCAGGAGACAACGACAUCUUUGAAUCCAUGUACUACAGAAAAAUGUAUGGGGAUAUGGCAUAGAGCCACAGAACCACACUUAAAAACAGACUAUUUGACUUGAAAUGACUUUGCAUCUCAUUGAUAAAACAUAAUUUUAUAGCACAAGAAAGUAUUUAAGAAUGUUUAAAGGAAAAAAAAAAAAGUCUUUAUUUUUAAGACUUAAAUUUUGAAUGACCCCAGCCGUUGGUUUGAAGAAUCUAAGACGAACCAGCCACAGCAGCUGUGCUGGGUAUAAUGUAGUGUCACUGUAUGUGCCAUAACACUGUUCUAUGGCAGUAUUCACUGAGCACGGUGAUGUACAUGGUACCCAGUCAUGCAACUGGAAAAAAAGCUCUUAAUAUUUUUAUAUAUAUGAUGAACUGGCAAAGAGUCAGUGACAGCUGGUGUGUAUACCCCGAGGUAUAGUUGUCCUUUAGGGAUGGCUUUAUUUAAGUACCUCUGAGUAUAGUUGUUGAAUGGGAAAUAAAACUAUGUCUGUUACAAGACUGGAAAGGUUGUAUUAGGAAACAUUUUCUGCCGCAACCUUGCUUUUUAUUGUUAUUGUACAUAGUGUAUAUAUAUUUUUGUACAGUUAUCUAAAUUAACUUAAAUUUUCAUGUUCUUCAUUUUUUUUACAAUGCUUUAAUAUGUGGAUGUUAAUCUGUUUUUUUGAAUAUUUUUUUUGUUACCAAUAUGUAGUUCCUUAAUGCUUGUCAGACAAAGCAUACAGGGCAGGAAAUUGAUACUCUGAUGGAAAUAUAAGUAAUUGGAACUGGAGAGUGGUCAGAUAAACAUGAGAUAUUUUCUAUAUAUCACCUUUUUGUAUUACCUGUGUUAAAAACAAUUGUGUGACCAGAUAUUUCCUAAAGUAAUUUUGUAAGUGAAUAUCCAGAAUCUGAUAAGUUUCCAUUUCAGAUCUUUAAUUUCUGGCUUUGAUAAUGACUGUUCUUUUUUUUUCAACAACGUUUAAUGUGUUGAGAAGUGUGACCAAAAGGUACAUGUUUGCACUUUUCUAGAUUAAAAAAAUAAAAUUUUAUUUUUUAUAUAAA